UUUUUGUCGGAGAAGAAGAAAACUCGAAAUGGCGCUUUGCUUUAUGGAAGUCAGAAAAGCAUUGGGUGUUUGCUAACCAGCUAGAACUAUUUGCGGCGUGUUUUAUACGGUUAGUGCUAGAUAGGAGGUCGGAUUAUGACAGACAACGAAAAGAAUCUACACGGAUUCCAGAAAAAACAGACGAACUGCGGCUAUAAGGCCUGCAUUCUCCCCAAAGUGAACAAUGCAUGAUCUUAUUGCUCAAGUCACCAGUAGCUUGCUGCCCUUCUCUGGAGUGACUAUAGAAGCCCUUGGGGAGGAUGAGAUCACUUUGGACUCAGUUCUGCAGGCCAGGUUCACUGUUGGCCGCAUUGGAUUGGCUUGGCUUGCCUGUGGUCCCCAUCUGGAGGUUGUCCAUGCAGUAACGGGGGAGCGGUUGUCUGCGUAUUGCUUUAGCACUGGAGGAGAGCACCCACCCAGAAUUCUUUCUGCCAGGGACUUUAGCUGGCUUAAACGUUCUGGGUUGUUGGUGGCUUUGGAAGAAACUGAAGGCAGUGUUCUCUGCCUUUAUGACCUGGGUCUCUCAAAGGUGGUUAAAGCUGUGGUCAUACCAGGCAGGAUUACAGCUAUUGAGCCGCUUGCCAGUUAUGGUGGAGCCAGCACCUCUACACAGCACCUCCACCAGAGUUUGCGCUGGUUCUUUGGUAUUGCUGCUGUAGUAACAGAUCUUGGUCAUGUUUUACUCGUGGACCUUUGCCUUGACGAUCUGUCCUGCAGCCAGAGUGAAUUAGACGCUUCAGAUUUGCAAAUCGUGACCAAAUCUCCAGCAGACAUCCCGAGGCUGAGGGAAGUUAGCACCAGGCAGGGUAGACAUCUUUGCCUGCAGCUGAAUGGACCCGCUGGAGUUGGUGUCACAGCCAUACAGUACAUCUCCAGAACCAACCAGCUGGCUGUUGGGUUUUCUGACGGACACUUGCAGCUAUGGAACAUGAAGUCCUUGAAGAAAGAAUACCACUCACAGCUAGAAGGCGGCAGAGUUCCUGUUCAUGCCUUCACCUUCCAGGAGCCAGAGAAUGAUCCCAGGAACUGCUGCUACCUGUGGGCUGUGCAGUCCUCACAGGACCUGGAGGGAGACAUUGUUAGUCUUCAUUUGCUUCAGUUGGCCUUCAGUGAGAGAAAGUGUUUGGCUUCUGGGAAGAUCUUAUAUGAGGGUCUUGAGUACUGCGAGGAACGUUACAACCAGGACUUAAGCGGCACGACCUUCCCUCGAAGGGCCCAGGCUUCAAACACGCACCUCCUAAGCUGUCAGACUAUUGAGAAAUUCCGAUACCAUCCGGACAGGGAUGACAGUAUGAAUGAAGUUGCAUCCCCGGACACCAGUUUGUCGAUCUUCAGCUGGCAGGUCAAGGUCUACGGUCAGGGAAACCCUUCCAGCUACAUUGGGGUGUUUGACAUCAACCGCUGGUACCAUGCACAAAUGCCGGACUCUUUAAGAACUGGGGAGUCUCUUCAGAACUGUCCCUACCUGGCAGUUUGGUGUCUGGACCCAGUGGUGCAGAUGGUGUCUCCACACAACCUCCUAGAUGUUAUUGUACAUGAGCGCAGUCUGAGUAGAGGCCUGCCAUUCACCUGCCCCCCACCUGAACAGUACUUCAACCCCACAACCUUUAACUUUGAUGCUACCUGCUUGACCAACUCUGGAAUUGUGCACUUAACCUGCUCUGGGUAUCAAAAAGAGACCUUAAGUUUUUUGAAGAAAGCUGCUCCUUGCACCAGUGAAAUCAUUUCCUCCAGCUACUCUCGCUGCCUCAUGUCUGGCUUGCUCUCUGCUCGCCUGACUGACAUGCAGACAUCCAGGCUCUCUCAGGAAGACCAACUUGAUGCCAUCUUGACGACAGCAGUGGAGACCAGCUCGUUGGGAUUGAUCACUGGCUCCAUCAAGCAAUGGACUGCAGAAGAACAGCCAGGCUCUGCAUUAAAUCUCCGCUACAUUAUGGACUGGGCUUGGAACAAAGUGGUGCAGACCAAGGAGGAACUGGAUGGCAUCUGCGCUCCGCUGUUUGACAGCUCAUCCAACUUCACCGACCCGCAGACCUUACAGCUGCUUCGGCACAGCGAGCGGCUGCUCAGUAACCUCAGCGCCGUCUUCCACUGCCUGCUCAGCGAAGCUCAAGAGCUCACGCAGAAAGGUCUUGCAGGUCUCAUGAACAAAAACAUGGUGUCCAGUCUGAUCUCUAACUACGCUCAAGUGGUCCUCUGGUUCUGCCGGACUGGUUUGCUCCCAGAGAGAUCAGAUGAAGAUGCUCUCCAGAUUUCCAGACCUUUCUACGCUCAGUCUGUCAUCAGUAACUAUUACACGAUACGCAGAGAAGAGCUGACCCGGCUGGCUAAGCACAAGUGGUCUGCAGACUGCCUCAUGAUUGAUGGUUUGGUUGCCCAGUGCGGUGAGCGUCUGACCAGCCUGUGGAAACGAGACGAGGGAGGAACGGGACAAUACCCACCACCAACACUGCAUGCUUUGCUCGACAUAUAUCUGCUGGAAAACAUAGACGAAGCUGCAAAACAUGCUAUUGUUAUUUACUUGCUGUUGGACGUCAUGUACUCCUUUCCCAAUAAGGACGGAGCUUCAGUGGAGUCUUUUCCAACAGCUUUUGCCAUCCCUAUCGGACUGGUCAAACUAGUACAAGGUCUCUGGCUGCUGGACCAUAAUGACCAUCAGAGUUCGUUUGAGCUUCUCCUGCAUCCAGCUGCUUCUCGGUUUCAUUUUGAGUGGCAGCAUGAGCGCAUCCUGCAAGCACUGAUGAGCCAGGAGCAGCAUUCUGUUGCACUUCGAUACUUCCAUGUCACAAAGCCUCCGAUUUCCUCCACCGCCCAGGCCCGACUUUGCCUCUCCGUACUUCUGCACAGCAGGUGUCUUAUUGAGGCGUGGUGCUUACUUCGCCAGCACUCGCAUCGCCUAAAUGGAUCCGAGCUGCUGGGCUUCCUGUACGAGAGCUGCCAGGAGCUGGGGCUCACUAAAGAGCUGCUCAAACUGCCGCUGGCUGCCAACGAGCAGGAAUGCUUGGAAAAAUUUCUCCAAGGUACUGGGGGUCUUCAGAACAGAGAACUGCUCAUGGUUCAUUACCUCCAGCAGGCCAACUACAUUCCUGCUCUUCAGCUGAACAAUAGCCUCAAAAGGAACUUGGUGAACGAGCGAGACCCAAAGCUUAAAGAACGAUCUAACAUCAGAAACUCCAUCAUGGAUCAGUAUGGCAAGGUUUUGCCUAGAGUGCAGAGGAAGCUGGCAGUGGAGAGAGCAAAGCCCUACCAACACCCCAACACCAUCCACAAAGAAGUUUCUCGUCCACAACCUCUGUCCACGAUCACCAAGCCCUCUGCCAAUGAGAAGGUGAUGUCCAGGGCUGGAUUUAUCAACACUGUCCUCACCAAGAUUGAGGAAGUGUGGUUGGGCAAAGACACACCUUCGUCGUCCCCAGCCAAGAGUGUACGGACCCCUGAUGCUCAGAGACUUGGUCAGAAACAGUCUUCUACAUCCUCCGCUGCUUUUCCCGAUCCUUUCCUGGGAACGCCCAUCACCUUGACAUCCAAACGAAAGUCCAGGCUGAUAGAUCUGGUGGUUCAUCCCUCCUGCCAGACCCCUCGGCCUCUUCUCAGUCCUCCCAGGCUCCCAAGUUCUCGCCUUUCUCCAAGUGGAAUCAAGAAAGCACCAGAACUCAGUUUGCUUCAAACACCGCAAGUUGUCAAACGAGCUCGAGCUUUGGCUGCCUCUGGUCCCGGCUUUUCCGCUUUCACUCCCCAGUCCAUCCUGCGGAGCAGCCUAAGGCCCACACCAGUAGUCACUCCUUCUGCUUCUCCAGGACGCUCAGUCACGCCUCCACUGCGCAGCAAAGAUGGCCGAAUCACCUUCAGUGAACAGGCUGUAGCAUCUGAAACAGAGAAGAGCAUCCGAUGGACUAACGGGAUGGCAGCAGACAGUGAGAUUAGCUUGCUGACCAAAGGCUCCCCACUGACUAAGCCCACACGGAAGACCUGGUCUUCACAGCUGGCUGAGAGGGAAGAGGAAGAAGAGAAACACCGUGUGACAUUUUUGGCUCCAAAAGGUGGUGCUUCCUCACAGCGACUGAGAUGUUCUGAAAGUGAUUCAUCUUCCACCAAUGAAGUGGCUGCAGAAACGAGCCCAUCAGCUCCUGUUUCGGCUGGUUUUAACCUGAGCUUAGACACCAGCCAGGUUUCUUUCCAGUCCACAAACACCACCCUGGAGUACUUUGAUGCAGACGAGCCCACCAAUGUAUGCACAGAUGAAGAUGAUGAUGUUGUGACGGUCAACAUCAAACCCCAGAUGGAGAAGGAAGCCUCUGAAAUAAAUCUAACAGUAGAAGAUGCAGAAAAGAAAGAAGAGCUUGUGAAGGAGGACACCAUGAAGAUCACCCCUGAAGAGAAGUCAGAAGAAGAAGUUGAGUCAAGUAGCAAAACAGAACAUGUGGAAACUGCUGACCAUGAAGAACCAUCUGUUCGCCCAAAAGAUAAAGAGGAAACGGAGAGCUCUGCCUCUGAGGUUAAAUCUCUAGAACUUCCAGCAAAGGAUGAAGAACCUGCUGUUCAGUCUAAAACCCCUGAAUCUCUGGAGUCGGGCAGCGAGCUCUCUAAAGCGUCCGGAGAAGCUGAAACUCCAACUGUGACGACGGAAACACUGGAUCAGUCGACAGACCUCACAGAGUUUGUCCAGCAGCACUUGUUUGGAAGUGACCAGUCCCCUCCGCUCUCCCGCUCAUCCAUCCACAAUGCUUCACAAAGUCAGUCCUCCUUGAACAGUGAGCAGUUCGAUGAAGAGCAAGUUGCUGCCACAGCUGCCCCUGUUCUGAACACCCAGAAUUCCACAGCCUCUGUGACCUCCUCAGAGCCAACAGGCACCGACUCCCACUCUGUUGUGAGCGUCAACGACAGUGGAGACCUUUCAAGUCCUGAAUCUGAGGGAGAAGAAGAAGAGGAAUCUUCUGAUCAAGCUGAGGGACAAGACGAUGACGACUCUGGGAGUGAGGUGGAGAUCAUAGAGGAGGUCCAGGGCAACGGGAGACUUCCACCCCUUCAGCCAAGUUCACUCUUUGAGCAGCAGCAGGACUUCAUGCCGUCUUUGUCAGAGCAGGAGGCUGCUGAAUUUUCCCUCCUCACACCCAGCUCAGAGAUGAAGAUGGUGGACGUGGAGGGAGAGGUGGUGAUGGUGAGACUGGGUGCAGAUGAAGGAGGCCUGGAUCAGGAUGAGGGGGAAGACCAGUGCUCAUCAUACAUGGAGCUCAAACCGUCCGCCACCCUGCUGGUUCCCGUGGAGCUCAUGCAGGAUCAGCACAGCUUGGCUGAUGGUGCUCUGCUGGGCCUUCCUGAGCUUCAGGCAGAUGAGCUGCAGCCAGAAACUCACAGCAGCUUCACCCUGAUGCUGGAUGUGGACGAGGUCAAUCAGGCAGGAGCACCACCCGUUCAGAACGACCUGCAGCCUCCUGACCUUUCCAUCAAGCCUCAUGAAGUCGACUUUGGUGAUAAUUUUUUGGACAUGCCAGAUAUUGUUCCUGUGGAAAUGGAGGAUCAGCUUUCGUCUCCGUCCGGCGAAGCCUCCCUGGAGGGUAAAGGCAGCGACCUGGAGAUCUUGGAUGGAAACGAUGUCGAUGAAAAAAACAAAGUAGAAGUGGUAGAACCUCUACCUGACCUACAGACUGAGUGCUCUGCGUCAAAACAGGAAAACGAAGUUUCCGGUGAGGAGAACAAUGUACAGUUGGAACAGUUACCAGUAGAUCAUGGAUCUGCCCCUCCUUCAGAAUCUAGUACAACAUCAGGAGAACAUCCUUCAGAUGAAAAGACUGAAGCUCCUGUAGAAAAGAUGGAAUCUGUUGAUGAGGAGAUGAAAGAAGAGGACCAAUCAGCUCCUGAAGAACCGAAGCUGGAGGACGAAUCGGCUCCUGAAGAACCGAAGCUGGAGGACCAAUCAGCUCCUGAAGAACCGAAGCUGGAGGACCAAUCAGCUCCCGAAGAACCGAAGCUGGAGGACCAAUCAGCUCCUGAAGAACCGAAGCUGGAGGACCAAUCAGCUCCUGAAGAACCGAAGCUGGAGGACGAAUUGGCUCCUGAAGAACCGAAGCUGGAGGACGAAUUGGCUCCUGAAGAACCGAAGCUGGAGGACACUAAUGUUGUCAGCACAGACUCCGAGUUUGUCCUCUGUAAGGAGGUGGACGCUGCUGUGGAGACAGAGGAGCAGCAGGAGCACACAGCCUCAACAGAAACAGAGGAGGAGGCUGCCAUAACUACUGCUAAAAAUGUAGAGGAAGAGGAAUCUGUGGGGGAGGUUUUGAGCUUGGGUAAUAAACACCACGUACAGCAGACCCCCACCUCUCAGCAGAAGCCUCCCUCCACCCCAACACGGAGGAUGACGAGGGGUAGGUCUGUUACCUUCAUCUCUACUUUACCGGAAGAAUCAAGCGAUGCAAAGGAGGAUUCAAAGGAGCCCAAAAAGAGCAAUCUGGUCUCCACCUCACCAGGUCCAACUCUUAGAAAAGCAAAACAGGUCAAAGAGACCAAAUUGGGCAUCGACACGCCCCGAAGAAGUAACCGCAGAACUCUGCCAGAUCCUCCUAAAAAUAAUGCUGAAGAGUCCGAGGCCACAAAUGCGGAUUUUUCAAUGACAGUAACUUCAAACUCCUCUCCAGUCAGACGUUCACCGAGGAAAAGUCCAGCAAGGACUAGCCUGAAGCAGCGACCUGUCAGUGGGGAGACGUCUGCAGCCUCUGAGGCGGAAACCAAAGAUACCCAAGACAAAGAAGAAGCCGAGCAUCAAACAAUCGGUGGACAAAAAGGCUCAAAGGCUAGAACGCCAUCAAAAAGCAGAACCUCUUCAGCAUCGACUCCAAGGAGGUCCAGCCGAAGAACACAGAAUAGCAGCGAGUCGGAGCUUGAGGUGGUGAUGGAAGAAAAGGACGAGCCGCCGCCUUUUAAACGCAGCUCCAGAAGAACCACCAAGCAGCCUUUGGAGGCUCUGCCAGCCCCGAUUGAAGAGGACGACACAGAGCCGCCCAGCUCCGAGAGGAAGACCCGACAGUCCAGCCUGGUGAAGCUUAACGUGUAUCCACAAGUUAAACUAGUUCCUGUGUCCCUUCCUCAGUACGACAGGAAGACGAGAGGAAAAGUGGCUAUAACCACCAAAGACCACGAAGAUGUCCGGCAGCCGGAGGGGAGCCGAGACGCCAGCCGGUCCAGCAGCCGUCGGCCAACUAGAAGCAAACUCUGGGACCACCCGGAGGAGGAUCUCCAUCUGCUGGACUCGCCGUUGGAAGUGGAUUCUAAAACCCCGGUGGCAGACGCUCUGAUCAAGAGGCUCCAGGAUGAGGAAGAGCAGCAGGAAGGUGGUGGCACAAAAAAGAUGACUAGAAUAAGAACGAGAAGCUCAAAAUCGUCAGUGAAGCCAGUUUCACCUCAACCUCAAAGCCCAGUACCAGAACCGAAAGAGGAAGAGUCCAGCCCAGAGGAGCUGUCAUUCAUCUACUCGCCCUCACGCCGACGACAAACGAAAGUGCACCAAGCAGAGUCCCCCAGGCCGAGCGAAGAGUCUGUGCCGCCGCUCACACGCAGCCGCAGAAGAGUCAACAGUAUUGAUCCUCAGGAGAAAAUAUCUUCCGAAGAGGAUCACGUGGAUGUGGAGAACGCACCAAGUGUUCCCAAAACCAAAAAGACGAGCAACCGAACAUCCCGAUCCAGAGCUGCUCGGGACCCUCCCCCCAUUGCAGCGGUUGACACGAUCUCCCCUUUGCCAAGUCCAGCUGAUCCUCUGCCGCGAGCUCUCAAGAGGAUCACAGAACAAGACCUCCCAACCACCAGCAGGAACCUUAGACGAAAGCGUGUAAUGGACACGGUUUUCACUAAACCCGUCACUCGGAGGAGAAAAAUGUAAGGCGUUUCCUGGUCGUUGUCAACCAGAGAACCUCAGAGAGCCAAAAUGCCCUUUAGCUGAAAAAAACAGCCCCUCCCGCGACCUUAGAAUGGCUCUGCUUUCUCACAUGCUACAUAGAGCUGCUACUUGUAUUUGGACUGAAGAAGAAAACGUUUUUGACUGGAAGGUAUAUUUUUGGCAGGCAACUAAUCAUAGUGUGAUAAAGCAGAAUUUAUUUUUGGAGUUUACAUUUCUCUCUUGUAAAAGCUUUUACUUGAUGCAUCUGGACUGGGUUUGCGUUGGACAUUUCGGCUACAGAUUGGCUCAGAAAAAGGCGAUGGAUCUGGGUUUUUAUUGGCUCUAAACCAAGAAGAGACUCGUCCUAACGUUCUUCUCUCCCUAAAGGUGGUUUAACAUCCAGUUUUAAAUCUGUUUUUAAGAAUCAGAAGAUUGUUGUUAUUUUCUAUUUAAGAUGGAAACCAAUCAACCAGUGAAGAAGUGUUUCAACUGCGAGAUUUGUAAAUAGUACUUUGCUAUGUUCCAAAUAAAGGUAAAUCUUAAUUUUUUUCCAUUUAAA